AUGGCCGUCACUGUCGAUGCCUAUAGAUUCCAUAGGUUCCCAGAUCUUCCCCCGGAGAUCCGUAUACAGAUAUGGCAAGAGACGUUGCCAGAUAUUCCUGAACCAGCCCUCUUCUCCUUCCAGAAGGGAGGUUGGGAGCCUCAGCCCCUCGCAGAAGAUGAUGAAUACUACAAUGAAUUCGGCGACAGCAAUCUCGCCCUCAUUUUCGAUUACAAACAAGUCAAGGGCAGAUAUUUCAUUCCCCUGGCGCUAGUUAACCAGGAGGCCUAUGAUGUUGUUCUAUUCUGGGCACGCGAGGAAGGCUUGGAAAUCACCUACACGAAAACCAAGCGCCUCCCAGUCUUUACUCGGCACUUUGACAUUCAUGAUACCCUCUACAUCCCCGCUGAUAAAUGGGACGAAUUCAUCGAAGCCCCACGCGCACGGAUGCGUGAAGAGGACCUGCUUGAACCUGGUGUAGCUAAGAUCUGCUUCACUCUGACGCAACUUGCUAUCCCGGAUACUGUCCUCCAGAGGAACAUUUCCGCGCUUCGCGACCUCAUGGACAAUUUUACCCAAGUUAAUAGUAUCUUGGUCCUCUCAGAAUCGGAGAUCCCGGAUUAUACACCAGAAUGCAUGAAUCAAAUACCUCUAGCAUGGGGAUACCAGGUACACAGCAAUGGCGCAUACGCCUGGGAUAAUAGCGUCGAUGAGUUUCGUCUCGACGGCUCGCUAGACGGCAAAGAUCCCGCGACUAAGCUUAUGAUAAAAGCUGCAGGCAAAGUUGGGCGAGAUCUCUCUGAUGAAGAUAUGUCGAUAUUUAGACUACAGCGGGCUAAGAUCAUUGAUAUUGGCGUGCUUGGCCCAGAGGUCUUCAGCCCUAAGCCAACACCUGCCACAAAGACCCAGCGUCUGUUACAAUGGCUCCGGAAUAAGAAGAAACAGGGGAAGUGA